AUGAUGUCCCUUAUAGCCGGUCUGGCUGGACUGGUUGCUCUCUAUAUGUGGCAUGUUAAUGCUGCUAUGAAAAUAGUACCCGAAGAGGCACAGAAAUUAUCACCGCAUCGUUGGACACUCGAAGAAAUUAAAGCAGCCUAUAAAAAGAAUCUGGAAGCCCCUAUCGAUGUGACCAAGAGCCUACCUCCAAAACAAUCCCGACGAUAUGUGAUCGUAGGCGGAACUGGUCUAGUUGGUGCCUGGAUAGUCUCACAUCUCCUCGCACGGGGCGAAGACCCCAAAGCCAUUCGAAUUCUAGACCUAAUCUCCCCAGAGCAGGACAUCCUCAACAAAGGCGUAGUCUGGAUCAAAACCAACAUCACCGACGAACUCGCAGUAACAACAGCAUUCGAAGAGCCAUGGAGUGCAAAUAUCGCCAGCCUCCCCCUAACAGUCUUCCACACGGCAGCCAUAAUCCGACCCCAAGACAGACUCAAGAGUCUCCUACCACUUAGCACCAAAGUCAACAUUGACGGCACACGAAACGUCCUGAACGCCGCAAAAGCCGCCGGCGCCACAGCCUUCAUCUGGACAUCUUCAGGCUCUAUCGCCCUUCACCAACCAACAUUUUGGAUCGCCCCAUGGGAGACCCACCCCAAGCGCGUAGUCCAAGUAAUCAGCGACAGCACCAAACUACCCCAAUCCCACGACCAAUUCUUCAGCAACUACGCCGUAACAAAGACCGAAGCAGAACGUCUCGUCCGCGAAGCAGAUAACCCAGCAACAAAUUUCCGCACAGGCUGUAUCCGCCCUACAAACGGCGUCUAUGGCACAGGCGGCCAAGCCAAUAAUGUCAUGACGGGCCUGUACCUCCAGAACGGAGGCAGUCCGACAUGGGCUCGUCCGAUCCUGCAGAGUUUCGUGCAUGCCGAGAACGUCUCGAUCGCACAUCUCUUAUACGAACAGCGUCUGAUCCAGCAAAGCGAGCCUGGUUCGCAGCUACCGAAUACAGGUGGUCAGGCGUUCAUUGUUAGCGACCCCAACCCGGCGAUAGCGUUUGGGGAUUUAUACACGCUGCUCGCGACGUUGUCUAAAACGCCGGUUUCGUUUCCCGAUGUGCCCCCCGCGCCGUUGUUGGCGAUGGCGUAUUUGGUUGAGAUGUAUGCUUUCUUGCAGUAUAAAUAUCUUCCCUGGUUGCCGAAGUUGUCGGGGGAUAUUGCGCAGCUUCAGCCGUCGGUGUUUUUCAUUAUCAAUGUGCAUGUCUUUGCUGAUGAUUCGCGCGCAAAGCUGGCGCCUGAGAUGGGUGGGUUGGGGUAUAACCCACCUCUCACUACCCUUGAUGGUUUGUGUCGGCGGCUUGUCGAUUGGAAUACGAAGGAGGGGAAGGGGAUUGAGGUCAUGGACAAUAUGGGUCUGAAGAGUUUGAAUGUUGCGCCGAGGGUGUGA